CUUGACAGCUCGUGAUGUAGGCUGUUCAUUAGGAGACCGGACUUAGAUAACCACAAUUAAAUUAGAACAAUUACUGAGAGCGGUGAAAAGAUCGAAUCAGUAAGGACCUUUGCUUUCGAGUGGCUGAUCUCUUGAUGCCUCCAAAUAAAUCGUACGUGAGCGUGAGGAAAUAUCAGUGCUCUUAUUUUAAUCAUGACAUUAAGUUUUUCGUCCUUCUCCAUCAAAGACAUCCUCACCGGACGUGAUGCCCGGGGGAAGCCCGGUACCAGGAGUACGGAGGGGCUCUGCGCACCAAAGCGCAACAUCUGCACCGGGCAUGGCACGAGAGUCCCCGAUCUGUCUCAUCAAGACACGGAUGAGAACCGCAUCCACAAGGAGACAUUCCCUGCUGAUCUUAGGCUGACUGUUGGAAAGCUCCGGUCUAAUACGUACAACGAGGAGGCCACAGGAGAGGAGCCUGAGCUCAGAGAAGGCGCUGGAGACCAGCGGCCACACUGUGUGGAGCGGGAUCAACGGCAGAAAGAGGAGGCGGAAGAAGAGGGACGUCACCACAGCGGGGAGACGGCCAGCUGUUCGUCCGAUGAGCAGCAGUGCGGGCCCAGGACAAAGAAGCGCUCCAGGGCGGCCUUCUCUCACGCGCAAGUGUACGAGCUUGAGCACCGAUUCAACACGCAACGCUAUCUUUCAGGUCCCGAACGGGCCGAUCUAGCAGAAGCUCUGAAACUCACAGAGACUCAGGUAAAAAUCUGGUUCCAGAACCGGAGAUAUAAAACCAAACGGCGCCAGAUGGCGGCCGAGCUGGUGGCGUGCGGCUCAGCAAAGAAAGUAGCAGUACAAGUGCUGGUGAUGGACAACCAGAAGCAGUACUAUCAGGCCAAUGGAGUACAUAUCCCAGUGACUGUGCCCCUGUACCACCAAGCCUACCAGUACCACCCCUGCCUGCACUACUACUGCCAGCCCUGGAGCGUGAACAGCAUGUCCUGUGGAGGGAUGCUCUAAGCUGCUCUGAGCUGCUCUUACAGGAUACAUGACUUGGACAAAUGUCUCUCCCAACUCAACGUGUUGGCAGCUUUCUGUAUGGAUCACCCUCUAUUGUCAAACUGACUGAGAUUGUACAUAUUUUUUUGUUUGU